GCUGGUACAUAUUAGCUACUCCAGACGCUCUCCGAUUAGUGUGUGUUUAGCUGUAGCUUCAGCAUGUUCCACUUCCUUGAAAGAUCCUGGCUGUUAAGAAAAAAAUAAAGUAAAACGGAAUUGAAUUCAGAAAAAAUAAACAGUUAACUCUGGAUUUAGAAAUAAAAAAUAAUAAUUCGAAAUACCUAUGGAAAAUUAUUUACAAUAUCACAAUGAAGGAAGUUGGGAACAGCAAAUCUUUACAGUGACGUCAUAUCAAAGUGUAGAAGUUCCUUCGGCAAAGCAGCGGUGCCAGGCGAAUGCGCGGGAGCGGGAUCGCACGCAAAAUGUGAACCUGGCCUUCAACACGCUGCGACUGCUGAUCCCCACGGAGCCUCCCGACAGAAAGCUUAGCAAGAUCGAGAUACUGCGCCUGGCUGGCAGCUACAUCACGCACCUUGGGAACCAACUUUAUACCGGUGAAAUGUCACAACCGUGUCUUCAGAAUUAUGAAAUGGAAAAUAACAGCAGAUCUUUAUGUACUUUCUGUUGGUCGGCGGUGAAAAAAGAUAAAUCUACGGCGCCCGCUUGCAAUUACUACAAAUCUUUGUAUUAGAACGUGAUUAUAGAUCCUAUUGUGACCCCAAUAAUGUGAAUGUUUAGUACACACUUACUCUAUGUAACUAGUCUGAAAUUAUCAAAUAAUAUUCACUUGUAAUUAAUGUUGAAGUACUUACAUGCUUAGGUUAUAUUUAUUUGAUGUAGAUUUUGACAAUGAUAUUUUGUAAUAAAAAAAAUUA